AUGGGCUCAAAAAACCACACAUGCCCAUCGCAUGAUCUCUCCGAAAAUGCCACUGAAGCAAUUUUCGGGUCCAUCACCUUCUUUCAAUUCGACAAAAUCUUAUCUGGGAGCUGUGUGGCAGUCGCGUGUAUCGUCAUCUUCAUUCAUCUCUUCAGCCACGCCAACCGACUUUGUAGUCCUAGCGAACAAGUCAAGAUUAUGAGAAUUAGCCUUCUAGUCCCCUUCUAUUCCCUCUUCUGCUUCUUGUCAAUCUGCUUCCCCGAGGCAGAUGUCUAUCUCGACCCAUGGCUUGAGGUCUUUCAGGCAAACUCAUUAUGUGCCUUCUUCCUUCUCAUGUGCGACUUCAUAUCGCCCAACUCUGAGAAACGAAGCGAUUUCUUUGCGAAAAUGACAGUCUUGGAUAAAAAGUCGCAAGCUGGGAAAGUCGGCGGACUGUCUUGGUUUCGAAGUCGCUGGAUAGCGGUCUUUCAGUAUCCAAUUAUUGCGUUGCUGUCGGCAAUUGCUACCGACAUUUCAGAGGCAGUGGGAACUUACUGCCAAUACAAGAUCGAGCCAUAUUAUACGAGGCUGUGGAUUACUAUUAUCUCGCAAACUUCACUUACAAUCGCCGUCAUGUCGGUCCUCGUGUUCGUUAAGACAUUAAAGUCUGAGCUUGCUGUUCAUAAACCUAUGCUGAAGCUAGUUGCGUUCAAGCUUAUAGUAUUUCUGAGCUUCGUGCAAAGUAUUAUCUUCUUGAUCUUACAAAAUACUAGCAGCCUCAAUCCCACGUCGAAGCUUACAUAUGCCGAUCUCCACAUCGGAAUACCUGCGUUACUUAGUUGCAUUGAGAUGGUGCCCAUCUCCGCAUUCAUGGCAUGGGCUUAUUCCGUGCAACCAUACUUGCUUGCCCGCGGUGCUGAUAUCGAGGGAUCAAGUGGUCACGCAGACAUUCCAAGAUCUUACCAAGGAGGCUUCCUUGGUAUACGUGCCUUUUUAGCCAUGCUAAAUCCUAGAGAGACGAUUGAGGGGAUUUAUAGCAUGCGCCACCUGUAUUGA